AUGAAUCUAGUACGACUCGGAAUAAAUUCGAUCAACAAAGUGUAUUUGAAAGAGUUCAGCAGAUCGUAUAAGGUAUUAGCUAUAGAAUCUUCCUGCGAUGAUGCUUGUAUUACACUUAUGGACAGAUACUCCAAAAAGGAGCCACCACGUAUAAUUGAUGAGCUUAAAGAUACUCUUGACUCAUCCGGUGUUGGAGGCGUUGUGCCAGCUGCUGCUGCAAAGCAUAAUAGUAGAAGCAUUUCCGAAUUAGCUAACAGGGCUAUUGUGAGAAAUGGGUGGAACACAGAAACGACAAAGCCGGAUUUAAUUUGUGCAACGCGGGGACCAGGAAUGACAUCAUCACUAGUUGCUGGCUAUCAAUUGGGGUUGGGCCUAUCUAUAGCAUGGCAAAUACCAAUUGUUGGUGUGAAUCAUAUGCUUGGGCAUUUAAUGAUGGCAAGGAUGGCCAGCAACGGUAAAUAUCCAUCAUAUCCAUUUCUCAGUAUAUUGGUAAGUGGUGGUCAUACCGUGUGCGUUUUAAGUAGGUCACUACUUGAUCAUGAGAUACUAGUGGAUACAGUUGAUAUUGCAGCGGGGGAUGCACUUGAUAAAUGCGGUAGAGAGUUGGGAUUUCACGGCAAUAUGAUUGGAAAGGAGAUGGACACAUUCUUGAGACAGCACUCCGAGGAGCGAGGAAAGCCACCACUUUUAGAUAUACGUGAACCAAUGAAAAAUCAGGCUCACAGAAAGAACGUUCUUAAAUAUUCAUUUGCGUCUUUCAUUUCGCAGGUUAGACGAUCCAUUGAUAAGAAGUACAAUAAUGUCAUUCCAUCAGACAGCAAGAUCAUUGCCAGAAUGGCCUAUCAGGUUGAAGAUGCGAUAUUCCAACAUAUAAUCACUAAGAUAAAGCUGGCAAUAAAAGAGAGAAAUUUGUUUAUAGACAACUUCGUGUGUGCAGGUGGUGUCGGAUCGAAUUUAACGUUGAGAAAAAUGCUUGAAGAUCAACUCCGACCUUUGGACAUUGUGAAUUUUUAUUACCCUGAUCCUAAGUAUUGUACAGACAACUCCACCAUGAUUGGCUGGGCAGGAAUUGAACUAUUUGAACGUGGAUUGACAACUGACAUUUCGACAGCAGUUGUGAGAAAAUGGCCAAUCGACCGUAUUCUGGACUUAUAUGGUUGGCACAGAAAUGAUUACUGCUAA